GAUCUGAUUUGUUGAAACCCUAGAUGUGGACUGGAGAUUGAUAUGGGGAUUUGAGGGGUUCUGGAUUGACAAAGGGGUAUGAUGGAUCUGCAAAGGGACAUGUCUACGUGUAUGCAUGAAUCUAGUAAAUCCAGUGUGACUAACCUAACCACGGGAGCUACUUCGGCCAAUGAUGGGGACGAAAAUCCUGUUCCUAUUAUUGAUUGGUCUUCUCUUGUGAUUGAACCUGCUAAUGAGGGGGACGAAAAUGCUGGGGAGGAAAAGGGGAUCCCGGAUGAAAAGCCGGUGGAUGAGCACGCCAUGUUUGCUCUGUUUGGUUUUAAAACAGAGGAGAAUGUGCGAGCUGCUGAUGUGAAGCCAAAUAUUCCUAUUCCUAAUUAUGGCCUACAUGAUUGUGAGGGUGCUGAUAUGUUUGUCGAUGAUAAGGCUCCAAAUGAGCCACUUAUUGUGUGGGACGAACGGCACCCGCAUAUGGAUGUUGGGACGCCAUAUCCUAAUAUGGUUGCAUUUAGAAAGGCCAUAAAACAAUUUGCUAUCAAUGGGGAGUUUGAAUAUGGCACUAAAAAAAUGAGCCAGAGAGGUUUCGGGCAUUUUGUAAAGGUAAAUCCCAAAAAGAUGAACCUUGCAAAUGGGCCCUAACCGCUAAUUGGCAGCGAGAUGCAAAGUGUGUCAUGGUUGUGAAGCAUCAAACACAACAUAUUUGCAGCUCAACAAGUGGAAAAGUGACAAAUAUGACAUGCCAAUCUUGGGUGGCUGAUAAGGCAAAGGCUAUUCUGAAGAAAGAUCCCACCUUAAGUGCUGUGAAGUUACUUAAAGAGCUGGAAGAAGAACAUCAUGUCACACUUUGCUAUCGCACGGUGUGGAAAGGCAAACAAAAGGCUGCAACCAGCUUAUAUGGGAGUUGGGAAGAAAGUUUCAGGAGUCUGUACAACUACAAGGCGGAGAUAGAGUUGAGGUCUCCGGGAAGCAUUGUAGAGAUUGAUACAACCACAGUUGCAGGUGAAGUACAUUUCAAUAAGCUUUUCAUUGCUCUGAAGCCUUGCAUAGAUGGGUUCUUAAAUGGGUGUAGGCCAUAUAUUAGCAUAGAUUCAACUCACUUGAAUGGCAAAUGGAAUGGUCAGUUAGCUGUAGUCACUGCUUUAGAUGGUCACAAUUGGAUGUUUCCGGUGGCAUAUGGGUUUAUUGAGUCUGAAAAUGGAGAUAAUUGGGCUUGGUUCAUGAAUCAAUUGAAGAAGGCAAUAGGGGACCUACCGGUAUUGGCUGUUUGCACCGAUGCUUGCAAAGACUAGAGGACUAAUUCUGCCAUUUGUCAUACAUCAACUAAAUGCAAAGACUAGAGGACUAGGACAUCUCAAGGCCAAAGCAUCAGCUGAUUGGAGUGCGGAAGUGACCAAUAUUAACAAAGAUGGUGAAAGGCAUGUGGUGAAAACACUCACACAUGAGUGUACUUGUCUCCAAUGGCAGCACACAGGCAAGCCUUGUGACCAUGCACUUGCCUUCAUAAAUGUUCUGCAAGCUCGGAACUUUGUCAACAUGGAGGAUUACGUACAUGAGUACUACUCAGUUAGCAGAUUCAGGGCAGCCUAUGAAGGUGCAAUUGAGCCCCUUACAGAUAAGAAUCAGUGGCCACAAGUAGAUACUGGAUUUGUCUUGCGUCCACCAAUUCCAACAAGCAAGAAAGCUGCUGGAAGAACAAGGAAACAAAGGAUAAAGGCUUGGUGGGAAGGUGGUACAAGGAAGGGGGCUCUCAACAAAUGCAAAAGAUGUGGCGAGCUUGGGCAUAGAGAAUCUGGCUGUCCUAAUAAUGGAACAAAGAAAAGGAACGGAAAGGGGAAAAAGAACAUGUCGCCAUGGUUUGAUGUUUCCGUGAGCAACUUAGUCCCGUCUACACCAACAAAGAACCAAGCUGCUGCAACAACUAGAUGCCCGGGACCGACCACAAGGAGCCAAGCUGCUGCUGCUACAACUAGCAGCCCAGGACCUGUGACAAGGAGCCAAUCUGCUGCUUCUACACCACUGAAAUCUCCUCCAGCAAAAGGAAAGAAGAUGACUCCAAAGAAGCGGAAAUCAAGUGACCUGUGAACUUGUUGUGCCUUUGAAGAACUCCUUUAUUUGUUCAGAACUUGGUUGUGUACGUGAGAGACAUUCUCAUGUUUAUUUUGUUGUCAUGCAUGAACUACUUUAAAUUCUUGUUUGUGAACCUAUGAUAUUGUUGUCAGUUUGUGAGUCAUAUUAUGUUGUGAAACUA